AAAGUUUAAAAGCAGCGGUUGGUAACGGAGGGGUAAAACGUUGCCACCCACCAGUAGAACAGUGUUUACAAACUCAUUUACAGCUCGGACGGAGAAAGGACAUGUGGUUGUAGCUGCUGUGUGUGCAUCUCCUCUGCACCGACCGCUAAGGCCAAACCGCCAUAAUGUGUCUACCUCCAGAAAAAGCCUCCGAGUUAAAGCAGAUAAUACACAACCAUCUGCUCAAGAUGGACAUCCAUGGGAAGAUCCGAGAGGUGCUGGCAGACUCUCUAAAGGACGACCGAGGCGCCGCGCACCGCCCUCUGUCUGAGGCAGACUUUGUACACGCCCUCCAGCGCAGGGGCAUCAUUGACGACGUGAUGAAAGACCUCCACUUUACCCAGGAAAGUGCUACAAAUAUUGGGGCCGAAUCUCCUCCCAAACCUGCGGCUCAUUAUGGUGACCAAGAUGGUACCCAUCUUAGGAAAACCAAUCUUGAUCCAUCAAGGCGAUACCUUUAUCUUCAAGUGCUUGGAGGUAAGGCCUUUCUCGAGCACCUCCAGGAAUCAGAGCCUUUACCUGGUCAGGUGUGUUCUACGUUUACACUCUACCUGCACUUCCGCAACCAGAGGUUUCGCUCCAAACCGGUCCCUUGUGCCUGUGAGCCCGACCUGAAGGAGGGCUUCCUCCUAGAGAUCCACAGGGAUGGCGUUGGAGACGGCAGUAAGAUGGUAGAUGCAACAACCAUGCUGUCUAUGUGUGACCCAGUCCACCUUGUGCUGAUCAAGACGGACACGUCCAGUGAAACCACUCUGGUCUCAUCCUACUUUCUGGACUGGAGGACGGUCCUCAGCUCGCCCAGUUGCAAAACGUGCUUUGCCGUAGAGCUGCUGGGAGUCGGAAGUGAAAGUAAAAUCCCAGCAGGUGUUUUGACCAUCAGUCUGGAGCUCUUCCCUCCUAUGCCAGAGACUUUGAACACGGGUAUAGUCAGCACACAGCAAUCACUGGAGAGGCAGAGGACGGCGGAGAAGGAGAGGCUCUUCUUGGUGUACGCCAAGCAGUGGUGGAGAGAGUUCCUCGAGAUCCGACCGUCUCACCAGUCCAAACUGGUCAAGAUCUUUGCCCAGGAUGAGAAUGGCGUGAACAGGCCAGUGUGUUCCUACGUGCGUGUCCUGCGGGCCGGCCGCCUGCUGGAGAGCCCUCGACAGGCGGCCCGCUUCGUCAGCCUGCUGGCCCAUGAAAAAGCUCCGGUGGUGGGAGGAGGGGCCAAGCAGGAACAGUGGUGCACAUUAAUGGCUUUUCUGUGUAGGGGGAAGGGAGACUGUGAGGACCACGCUACUCUGCUCUGCAGCCUCCUGCUGGGCUUCGGCCUGGAUGCAUAUGUGUGUGUGGGUACCAAGGCCAAGACUGGUCCACACGCCUGGGUCCUGACACGCGGUACUGAUGGGAGCAUCACCUUCUGGGAGAGUCUGACCGCACACAGAUAUCUGCACCGGCCCAUUGAUCCAGAUGCUCCCCCCCUGGCUCCUCAACCAAAACCCUCGUCCCCUUACCGCACUGUGGGCUGCGUCUUUAACCACCAGACCUUCCUGGCCAACUGCCAGCCCUCUGACGCUGUGGACCUUUGUGUCUUUGACUUCCAGAAUCCGUCACGCUGGAAGGCGAUGAGUGAAGAAGCUGUGAAGUCUGUCUGUGCCCCAGGCUCCACCACCUCUCUGCCUCCCCUGCCUCCUCUCUGCGCUCCGUCUCUGGAUCCUGCUGAGGCCAGCAACCAUUUGGAGCUGGAGAUGCGCUUCCUGGUCUCAGAACACAGGAAGGACCUUGACCUGGCUACAGUGUGGGACGACCACCUCUCCUACCUGCUGUCCUCGGCCCUGUCGGCCUAUGAAAUGGAGCGUUGUACCGGCGUCUCCUGUGGAAACGAAGAGUUCCAGGACGCAGUGAGGAGGGCCGUGCCGGACGGACACACCUUCAAAGGGUUCCCCAUUCACUUCCUGCAUCGCAACGCUCGCCGAGCCUUCGCCACCUGCCUCAGGUCCCCGUUCUGUGAGGAGAUAGUAUGUUGUCGUGGCGACCACGUGAGGCUUGCCGUUCGGGCCCGGGUGUUUGUGUAUCCUGAGAAUGCGUGUGCAGUGUGGAUGAUGUUUGCCUGUAAAUACCGCUCUGUGCUCUGACCAACGGGCAGACGCUAGCCCCACGAUGCACACGGACCACUGGGCUGUUGUUUUAAACACCACAAUGACUUGAUGGCCAGCAGGACUCAUGGGGCCACAAGAACACUGAAGUGAUAUCGGAUAAACUAAAGGAAAUAUUAUUUUUUACAUUCACUAUAAUCUUUGUGUGUAAAGACUGUUUCUAUAUGUUUUUUCUCUUUUGCAAAUAAACUGAAUUU